AUGUCUAAACUUACUGGCGCUAACGUCGCCGAGCACAACUCCAAGGACUCGUGCUGGGUCAUUGUGCACGGCAAAGCCUACGACGUCACCGAGUUCCUACCAGAGCACCCCGGAGGCCAGAAGAUUAUCCUGAAGUAUGCAGGCAAAGAUGCGACCGAGGAAUUUGACCCCAUCCACCCUCCCGAUACCCUGGACAAGUUCCUAGAUCAAUCCAAGCACCUUGGUGAGGUCGACAUGAGCACCGUCGAGCAGGAGGAGAAGGCUUUCGAUCCGGAGGAGGCUGAUCGCCAAGUCCGUAUCAAACAGAUGCCUCCCCUGGCAGCCUGCUACAAUCUCAUGGACUUUGAGGCGGUCGCAAGACGGGUGAUGAAGAAGACCGCAUGGGCAUACUACUCCAGUGGAGCGGAUGAUGAAAUUACAAUGCGCGAGAACCACGCAGCCUUCCACAAAAUCUGGUUCCGUCCCCGUAUCCUCGUCGACGUCGAACAUAUUGACAUGUCAACCACCAUGCUCGGAGAUAAAUGCUCUAUCCCCUUCUACGUCACCGCCACCGCUCUAGGCAAACUCGGCCACCCAGAAGGAGAAGUCGUCCUCACAAAAGCAGCCAAGCAACACAAUGUCAUUCAGAUGAUCCCCACACUAGCCUCCUGCUCCUUUGACGAGAUCGUCGACGCAAAACAAGGUGACCAGGUCCAAUGGCUCCAGCUUUACGUGAACAAGGACCGCGCAAUCACAGAAAAGAUCGUCGCACACGCCGAGAAGCGCGGGUGCAAGGGCCUCUUCAUCACUGUUGAUGCACCUCAACUCGGUCGCAGAGAGAAGGACAUGCGAUCGAAGUUUUCCGACGCAGGAUCCAAUGUCCAAUCCGGAGAUGGGAACGUCGAUCGUUCGCAGGGUGCUGCACGCGCUAUCUCAAGCUUUAUUGACCCCGCGCUCUCAUGGAAGGAUAUCCCCUGGUUCCGUUCUAUCACCCGCAUGCCUAUCGUGUUGAAGGGUGUUCAAUGCGUCGAGGACGUCCUCCGUGCUGUGGAAGCCGGUGUGGAUGGUGUAGUCCUCUCCAACCACGGAGGUCGGCAGCUUGAAACAGCUCGCUCCGGAAUAGAAGUUCUGGCAGAGGUCAUGCCUGCUCUUCGUGAGCGUGGCUGGGAGAAGCGUAUCGAAGUCUACGUUGAUGGUGGUGUUCGUCGCGCAACUGAUAUUAUUAAGGCACUCUGUCUCGGUGCUAAGGGUGUUGGAAUUGGUCGUCCAUUCCUGUUCGCUAUGUCCUCGUAUGGUCUUGAUGGUGUUGAUCGUGCGAUGCAGUUGUUGAAGGAUGAGAUGGAGAUGAACAUGCGUUUGAUUGGUGCUAGGACAAUUGAGGAGUUGAAUCCUAGCUUGUUGGAUACCCGGGGUCUCAUGGGUGGGCAUGCGGGUGUUAUUCCCUCUGACACAUUGGGAUUGGGCGCGUAUGAUCCGCUUGAGGCGCCGAGGUUCAAUGAGAAAGCCAAACUGUAG